AGAGCACCAAGAUGGGCUUCCAGAAAAGGACGACUUCAUUCUGUCUCCAGACCAGUUAAUUCCUUCUAUGAUUUCAAAUGCAUUGCAAAUGGUGAUCCAAAACCUAAUAUUACAUGGUACAAAGAUGGAGAAUUAUUCAAGAAAAGUGCUAUGGAAAAGUCGGAAAUGUUGGGCUGGAAAUUAACCAUCCAGGAACUAGUGCCAAGAGACAAUGGUGAUUAUACUUGUGUCAUCCAGAAUAUUCAUGGAUCUAUCAACUGGACGUUCUCUUUGGAAGUUGUCCAGAGAUUGCCCCAUUCACCUAUUAUAGAUGGACCAAAAAAUCAGACAGCUAUUGAGGGUGAAACAGUGAAACUUAAUUGCAAAAUAUUAGUCAGUGACCUUCACCCUCAUUUGCAAUGGGUCAAACAUUAUAUGAAAGAUGGCAGUUAUAAAUCUGACGAAGGUGAUCCUUACAUUGAACGAUCCAAUCUGAACACGACAAAUCCAGAAGUUUUAGUCAUCCACAAUGUUACACAAGAUGAUGCAGGAUGGUAUACAUGUGUAGCCACCAAUGCAGUUGGAAUGAAAUAUAAAAGUGCCUGGCUUGAAAUUCUUUCCAAAGAUCAUGCUCCCGUUCGCGAAAAAGAGAAAACACGCAUGACAACCAUCAUAAUAGUGUGCUGCUCUGUUUUGACUGUGGUUGGUGUCAUCUCUGCCAUUGCCUGCGUUAUGAAAACAAGACGAAAGCAAAUUCUUCUGCAACAGAAGCCAGUCAAAAGAGUCAUCAUUAUGCGUCCAAAUGAUCUGUAUUAUACUAAAGGAGAUCAAAGUGUUAUUCAGCCACUUGUACGUAUUGAAAAACAGGGUCGGCAAAGAUUAUCAUCUGAUGUAACUGAAGUGUCUGAAUAUGAGAUACCACUUGAUGCAGACUGGGAGUUUCCAAGAGAAAGGUUGGGUCUCGGUGAACGUCUUGGAGAAGGUGCUUUUGGUUUAGUAAUGAAGGCUAAAGCUAUGGGAAUUGCCAAUAAUCCAGGACAAACAACUGUUGCUGUUAAAAUGUUAAAAGAUGAUUCUACAGAUAGAGAAAUGACAGAUUUGAUGCAAGAGAUGGAAGUCAUGAAAGUUAUGGGAAGUCACAAAAAUAUUAUCAAUUUAUUGGGUUGUUGUACACAAAGAGGUCCGCUUUUUGUUAUUGUUGAGUAUGCGCCUCAUGGUAAUCUUCGAGACUUCCUCAAACUGCGUCGUCCACCAAAUUCUACUUCCUGUCCCUCCACUCCUGGCUAUGAGAAGCCAGUCAUUGAUUUUAACUCUGUAGAAGUCAAACCUCUUACACCAAAAGAUUUAAUCUCCUUUUCUUAUCAAAUUGCUCGUGGUAUGGAAUAUUUAGAGUCCAAACAUUGUAUCCAUCGAGAUUUGGCAGCAAGAAAUAUUCUUGUAGCAGAAGACUAUGUUUUAAAAAUUGCUGAUUUUGGUUUAACUAGAAAUGUUAAACAUCUUGAUUACUACAAAAAGACAACUGAUGGCCGGCUACCAGUGAAAUGGAUGGCACCAGAAGCCUUGUUUGAUAAACGUUAUACCUCCAAAUCUGAUGUAUGGUCUUAUGGAGUAUUAUUAUGGGAAGUGUUUACUUUAGGAGGUAAUCCUUAUCCAUCAAUACCUGUAGAGGGCUUGUUUGAUUUAUUACGGAAGGGACACAGAAUGCAGAAACCACCUUAUGCUCCUUCAGAAAUCUAUUCGAUAAUGUUGCAGUGUUGGAAUGAUAGUCCCAAUGUACGUCCUAGUUUCAGUCAAUUGGUUGCAACUUUGGACACCAUUCUUUCUAUGUCUCUUAAUGAUCAA